AUGUUUUCGACUAACGUAGUUUCUAAAGCGAUAAAUCUUUGGGAGAGCGUCCUCGGUUCUUCCAAAGUUUUAAUGACCCACGGCCUGUCACAUCGUGGUUAUGCCAAGAAAAAGGAUGAUGGUUGCCGAAGAGCCUGUGCCGAUAUUCCGCUUGAAAAAGACCCUGUUUGUCCCAUUCCGUGUGAUAGAAGGGGUAAAAAGAAAGAAGGCAUCCUGCACAGGAUCAAACUGAGGCUAAUAGAUGGUGGAACGAACUUCGGGACGCCCUUUCGUUACCUCCAAGACGACAAGUGUGUCUGUAAAGAAAUCGAGGUACCGGAACCGAAGGCGUUACCUGCGCCCGUUGAGGAGAAACCUUGCAUACAGGAGACUCGGUCCGGGAUGCAAGUGGCGGUGCUCGGGGCUGAUACGAGUAUAGGACAGUAUGUGGCACUGUUGUUAAAGCAGUGUCCUUGUAUAAAGAAAUUACGUUUGUACGAAGCGAGGGAUACAAGCACAGGAUGUUGUCGUGAGCUUUGUCAAGUUGUUCAUGACUUGCAGCAUAUUGAUACCAAUUGUCUGGUGCAGGCGUAUAGCUGUGCGUGUCAUGAUUUGGAAAGAUGUUUACAGAAUUCUGAUAUUGUCUUGAUGCUAGAAAGCGGCUACUUAAGUAUGGAUAUGCCUAUGGAAACUAGGUUCAACUAUCAAGCACCGAUAGUAAAAAAAUAUGCUGAUGCCAUCGCCAAAGAAUGUCCAAAUGCAUUUAUCUUAGUCUGCGCCUCGCCGAUAGACUGCAUGGUGCCUUUGGUGGCUGAGACGUUAAAAGAGACCGGUUGGUACAAUCCUCGUAAACUACUAGGAUCUUUGGCGGUUCCUGAGAUGAGAGCUAGUACUCUUGCAGCGAGGGCGCUGAGCUUGGAACCAUGUUAUGUAAAUGUGCCGUGUGUAGGUGGCACUGAAGGGGAUGCCCUAGUGCCACUGUUCUCAAAAGCCUUAGAAUACUUUGAAUUCAGUGAGAAAAACGCUGAAAUGAUGACGAAUACAGUUCGAUGCGCGUCAGAAGCCGUGGCCAAGUCUGAUUGCAAUUGUGUUAGAUCUGCUGAGCUCAGUGAGGCGCACGCACUCGCCGGCUUGGUCACUAAAGUGGCUUGGGCUUUGCUGUGCAGAGACGUGCCACAACUAUCUGGCUUUGUUGAGACUGAUCCGUGUCAAAUUAUCUCACCAGCGAGGUUUCUCGGCGUUAACGUGUUACUGAACAACCAAGGUAUCUGUAAAAUAGUCGACUUACCAGGAAACUUCAGCCCUUUAGAAUUACAUCUCAUGGACUACGCCGUUAUGAAUCUCAAAUUCAACGAGGAUUUAGCAAUGAACUGGUACUGCGAUUAUAUGAACGCCGAAUAUCAAUUGGGAAUGAUGGGAAAGAAAACUCAAUUCUUCAACACGAAAACAAAGUAUCCAAGGGUGCUAGAAUGCAUAAAAGAUAUGGCGUAA